AUGGCAACAUGGGCUAUAGUCUCGGCUUGCACUGCUCUGACAAAAAGUUACAUUGGCCUUCUCCUUGUCCAAUUCUUUUUAGGCGUCACCGAGGCGCCAUUCUAUCCAGGCGCAUUAUUUCUCCUGUCUGUUUUCUACACGCGCAAGGAGAUCGCUCUCCGUAUCUCCAUCCUAUAUACUGGCAAUAUUGUCGCCACUGCUGUGGCUGGUCUAAUUGCAGCUGCAACUUUUGCGACUCUGGACCAACAUAUGCAUCUCAAAGGAUGGCAUGAUCACCCACUCACAACACGGUGGCUGACUCCGGAAGAGCGCCAACUUGCCCACGACCGGAUUCAAAGGGACACCGUCAACAGCGAGGAGUCUAAGGGCGCUCUCGCCGGCUUGAAGCAAGUCAUGGCCGACCCCCGUAUCUACCUGUUGGCUUUCAUGCAGAAUAUGCACCUAAGUGCCUGUGGUUUCAACAACUUCUUUCCCACUGUCGUUGGAAGUCUCGGCUUUAGCAGCACAAUAACCUUGGUUUUGACAUGCCCUCCAUAUGUGUUCUCCGGCAUCUGCUGCAUCAUCGUUGGUAUCACCUCUGGUCGGUACAAUGAGCGGACAUGGCACAUUACAUUGGCAAUGGGUGUCGCCGUGAUAGGAUUUAUCAUAUCCUGCGUCUCUGCUACACUAGGCCAGACGCCAGAGAAGAAAGCCGCUUCUAUUGGCUUUAUCAACGUUGUGGCUAACGCAUCUUAUAUUUAUACGGCCUACCUCUACCCAAAAAGUGAUGGUCCUCGUUACUUGACUGGAAUAUCGGCGAACACGGCUUUUGGAAUUGCAACUAUUGGGAGUGCUUGGGCUUUGAGGUGCUGGCUGCAAAACACAAAUAAGAAAAUUAGCAGGGGUGCUCUGCCUAAUGCGGGUGAUGUUCUUUAUGCCUAUUGA